AUGUUCGCGCUCGGCCAAAGUCACAUCCGUCCGACUGAAGUCUCGGCCAAAGUCCAAACCGACCGGCCGAUCACGCAACGCGACCCGGGAAACAUUGUCCCGCGGUCGGCCAAGCUUCAAACGCUCCACGCCACGCCGCGCACGACCAAAGCGCGCGAGCCGGGAAACAAGCCUCGCGGCCGCGCAACCCGUUCGCGUACCACGGCCGAUGCAUCCGUCCGAGCCGGGAAAGAACGUCCCACGUCCGGCCGAGAACCAUCGGCCAAAUCUCAUCCGCUCGACCACGCCGGCCGACCGCGAAUCCGUCCGGCCCCGACCGUUCCGACUCGGCCCACGACCCGACUGUCCGGCCGAUCGUCCCGCACCGACCGUCCCAACGCCGCGGUCGACCCGAAGCCCUUUUUGAAGCCCAAACUUAUGUUUUCAAGCCCGGCUUAA